CUAAAAGGAGAGUACAGAAACUCAUAAAGAAAACCGAACGGUCAAAAGCCUCUGCUCCCAAAUAUAACUCUCCAACUACCACUAUCUCAUAUCCUUAAACGACAUCCUCCUCUUUGUCAAAGUAAAUUAUUUCACAUAUAAUCAUAUCGAUCGAGAGCUUAUAGCUAAUCUAAUAUGUCGUCUUCAUCAGUUCAUCGCUUAUGCAUUUUCUUCUUGGUCCUCUUCUCUGCAGCUUCAGCGUCAGUGGGCAGCGACGAUUUGCCAACAGCAUAUGAAAUUCUGGAGGAGUACGACUUUCCGGUGGGAAUACUCCCGAAGGGCGUGACUAGCUAUGAAUUUAACAGUAGCACCGGCAAGUUCGCCGUCUACUUCAACAAGACAUGCAGCUUCGAAAUCGAGAGCUACAGCCUCCAGUACAAGUCCAAAAUAACUGGAACACUUUCGGAGGAUAAGCUCAGCAACUUGAGUGGCGUUCAAGUGAAGCUUCUUUUCUUCUGGGUCAACAUUGGGGAAGUCGCUCGUGUGGAAGACGAGCUUGAUUUCACCGUUGGGAUUAUUUCUGCUGAUUUUCCCAUUGAUAACUUCUAUGAGUCCCCCCAGUGUGGAUGCGGGUUUGACUGUGUGAAUUCAGGAGGAAAAAGUACCGGCAAGUUCACGCAACUUGUUUAUUCCUCUUAAAUUAAUUAGUAAUCCCAUUCUAUUGUAUUGUUUAUUGCUGUUCAGUUUAAUCUUGUUAGCUCAGAUGGCACAAUGACUAUAAGCUAGCUUCCCUCUUGUUGUAAUAAAGGUUAAAAUUGAAGUUGGAUAUACAAUUCCAAGUAGAAAAAUUCUCGGAGCUUAAGUUAUAGUAGUAAUUAAUAUUAGUAAAAAAAUUAUUUUAUA